CUGCGUACAUGUGACGAUUCUGUAGCAUUUCGUGGUAGCUGCAAGAGUGUGGUGUAAGCGACAUUUGCAGAUCUAAUCAACGUUUGAAGGACAUUUUCUGGAAAAAAAUAUAUUCUGUCAAUUGAAAAAUACCACCAAACCGUGGAGUGGAACCUUAGCGCUGCUUUAUGCUGGUCAGCGCCGCGCGGUUGGUGUGUUUUACUGCCCGGCGUGCGCCCGUGUCCAGCGUGCGGAACGCUAUUCUGAAGGCACCGAGUGGAGCAGGCGUCACAUCUCACAGAGGACUGAGGAUCAUGGAUCCUUUCACAACCCCUAAAGACUCCCAUGUAACCACCGCUGUCUGCGGAUCAGACGUUAAACCUGAAGUCGCUACAGACGCCGGAACCCCUCUGGAUUGUGGGGUCAAGGGCCUCUCCAGCUCUCCAGCUGAAUCCAACCAAGGCACGGGACUGUUGCCCGGCGAGACCGUGGUGAAAGAGGGUAAAGCAGCCAUCUUGUUUCCAAGUGCCAAUGAGGUUUUCUACAACCCUGUGCAGGAGUUCAACAGAGACUUGACGUGUGCCGUGAUCACAGAGUAUGCGCGGGAGCAGUUGUCAAAGAGGGGGGUGCGGGUGCUGGUGCCGGGGGAGAAGGAGCGCGUGGUCGUCAGUCUGUCCGAUGACGGCCAGGGGACCGAGGAGCAGGAGAAGGACGGACAGCAGGAGGACGGGGAGCAGAAGGCGGGACAGGAGACCGAGACGGCUGUCGUGGGAGAGCGCUACGAGCGCGGGCUGCGUGUGCUGGAGGGCCUGGCCGCGUCGGGCCUGCGCUCUGUCCGCUUCGCCCUGGAGGUCCCGGGCCUGCAGAGCGUGACGGCCAACGACUGCUCCGCCCGUGCAGCUGCACUCAUCGCGCGUAACGCCCAGUACAACGGCGUCUCGCACCUGCUGCAGGCCAGCCAGAGGGAUGCCAGUAUGCUGAUGUACGAGGCUCGGGGGCGCAAGGAGCGUUAUGACGUCAUCGAUCUUGACCCCUAUGGCAGCCCCGCCCCCUUCCUAGAUGCUGCGGUGCAGGCUGUCAGUGAAGGAGGGCUGCUCUGUGUGACGUGCACAGACAUGGCUGUGAUGGCGGGGAACAGCGGAGAGACAUGCUACAGCAAAUACGGCUCCAUCUCCAUCAAGGCCAAGUACUGCCAUGAAAUGGCACUGCGUAUCAUCCUGCACAGUUUGGACCAAAGAGCGGGGGUGUACCAGCGUUACAUUGAGCCCCUCCUCAGCGUCAGCGUGGACUUCUACAUCCGCGUCUUCGUCAGAGUGCACACAGGCCAGGCCAUGGUCAAGAACUCUGCCAGUAAACAGGCGUUGGUGUACAACUGUGUGGGCUGUGGCUCCUUCCACCUGCAGAGAAUGGGCAAGAGGAUCAGCCAGGGCAAGCAUAUGAAGUACUCUGCAGCCACAGGACCCCCUAUUGGCCCAAACUGUGAGCACUGCGGCCACCGACACCAGUUGGGAGGUCCUAUGUGGGCGGAGCCCCUCCACAACACCCAGUUCGUCCAGAAGGUUCUGUCCGCUGUGUCAGGGAACCCGUCCCGAUUCGGGACGUCCCGUCGCAUCGAGGGCAUGCUCAGCAUGGUCACGGAGGAGCUGGAGGAUGUGCCUCUGUACUACACACUCGACAGCCUGAGCAGCACUGUGCACUGCAACACCCCGCCGCUGCUGCAGUUCAGGUCUGCCCUCCUCCACGCUGGCUUCAGAGUGUCCCUCUCUCACGCCUGCAAAAACGCCCUCAAGACUGACGCUCCCCCCAGUGCACUCUGGGACAUCAUGCGCUGCUGGGAGAAGAAAAACCCAGUGAAGAGAGAGAGACUGUCAGAGACGAGUCCAGCGUUCCGCAUACUGUCCACUGAGCCCACGCUGCAGGCGUGUUUCGAAGUUCGCGAAGACGCCAACCCCCAAUCUCGGCGCCGCCACCUCGUCCGCUUCCAGGAGAACCCGCAGGCCAACUGGGGGCCCAAGGCCCGCGCCAAGGCGGGCGGGGGCAUUUCGACAGAGCUGGAGGACAGGAGGAAGCAGUACCAGAACAAGAGGAAGAACCAGAUCACCGAUGCUUCCCAGCUCAAGAGUUACCCCUGCAAGAAGUUCAGAAAGGGUACGUGCUCACGUGGAGAGGAGUGCAGCUAUUCUCACGAGCCCCAACAGGAGGCUGGAGAAGGAGAGAAGGUGGAGAAGAUGGAGUGAUGGCAUUCUCUCAGCGGAACAUGUUUACAUCCUCCCGUCCUGCUCCCACCCCCCAGGGAAGGGUAGCCAUGCAUCGGCCGUCAGCUCUUUCACACCUUCACCCAACCCUGACUCCCCGCCCCUUCCUCUGCUCCGAGCUGCGAAUGCAAUCAAAAUCUCUCUCAGGACUGCUAGCUCCCAAUGCACAAUAAAAAAAUUCAGGAUAAUGCGUUACGUACGUCCUAUGUCUCAUGUACCGAUCAAACAUUGUGUAAGAGUUCACAGAGGUAAAAGACUUGAGAUGUGAGAUUAUGGAGUUCAAACCAAAGGCCUGCAGCAGAGGGUCCUAUGAUGUGAGCAGAGCUUGGAAGACCACUUGAGGCGUUUAAGGAGCAGGGUUGAGCACAAGGGUUUGAAACCGACAAACGCUGAAACCCAGAAGCCGUGCUCCUAGUAGAAAGCAGUGUGGAGUGCUGGACGGAAAUGUUUUGUGUGCAUUAAUGUGUGCCUUAGCUGUGAAUGUGAGAGGUGGGGGGGUUGUAUUGUGGUUCCAUAAAAGAACCACGUUUGAAACGAUGGGAAGAGGAUUUCCAAGCCCAGUGAUGUGCUGUAUCUGUGGUGUUUUAGUUGACGGGUAACAUAAUGUAAAUUGCAGAUGUAUAGGA